AUGUGUGUCAUUGGCAAGACCAUCAGUCAGAAUCUGAACAAGAAAGAAAGAUAUAAAACCCUUGUGUUGUUGACCAGUGGAUCUGGACACAGAUGUGGAUUACUUGGAACUUUUGUGAAGCACAAGGACACUCCCAUCGUCAAAGCCAACAACCGGAGCCUCACCUACGUCCCCCUCCUCUCCCUCCUUCUCUGCUUCCUCUGCUCCGUGCUCUUCAUUGAUCAUGCUGCAUGCAAGACACAAUCCAUUAAUUGCAGCAUAUAUGAUGAUCCCCUCCCGAUCCCUCAUCAAUAUUACCAGCCAGGAGACCUGGUCAUUGGCGAGAUUGUUUCUCAAGUUGUCUUCAUGCACGAUACACUCGAUUUGAGGAAACAGCCGACACAGAACUUGAUUGAUGAGCCUGUUUCAGUGCCAAAGAACUACCAGCAUGUUCUGGCCUUAGCAUUUGCUGUCAAAGAGAUCAAUGAGAAUCCCAACAUCUUAUCAAAUAUCUCUCUUGGCUUCAAAAUCCUCAACAGCUACUACACUGCCAGGAUGACCUAUAAGGCCACCCUCAGCCUCUUUUCUGCACAACGUCACUUUGUCCCCAACUUCAAGUGUCACAACCACAACAAUCUGAUAGCUCUCAUUGGAGGGUGCAUCUCUGAAAUCUCUGCCAAUGUGGCCAUCAUUUCAGACAUCUACAAGACUCCACAGCUUACUUAUGGAUCAUUUCUGCCAGUACAAGGUGCCAAAAGGCUGUUCCCGUUUUUGUACCAGAUGGUCCCAAAUGAAGCCCACCAGCACAAGGGAGUGGUGCUGUUACUUCAGCAUUUCAAAUGGACAUGGAUUGGGCUCUUGGCUGUGGAUGAUGACAAAGGGGACAAGUUUUUACAGACAAUUGUACCAAUGCUUUCGCAGAAUCAUAUUUGUUAUGACUUCAUAGUCAGAAUCCCAAAAUGGAAUUAUGUGGAUGAAAUGCUAGAAUUAGGCAUUGAAAGUCUGAGAAACUAUGUAAGUGCCUUUCAGAGAAAAGCCAAUGUAGUAUUUAUUUAUGGAGAACCUCCUUCCUUUAUGAUUUUGAGAAUUAUGCUGUUGGGAAUACCAUUAUAUUAUUCAUCACCACCUCUGGGUAAAGUCUGGCUUGUUACAUCCCACUGGGAUUUUGCAUCACAAUCUCUUCACAAACAGUUUGAUAUACAAACCUUUCAUGGCUCCCUAACCUUCACUGUUCACUCAAACCAGCUGGUAGGAUUCCAAGAGUUCCUUCAGAUGAUAAGACCUUCCUGGGCCCAAAGAGAUGGUUUUAUCCAGGACUUCUGGGAACAAUCCUUCAGCUGUUCAUUAAAACUGCCUAAAGGACAGGAGGAAGAGGAGAAGACAAGCUGCACUGGGGAGGAGAAAUUGGAAAGCAUUCCUGGAAUUUUAUUUGAAAUGAAAAUGACAGGCCACAGCUACAAUGUCUACAAUGCUGUCUAUGCUCUGACACAUGCUUUGAAUGCUAUAUACAAAUCCAUCACCAAACACAGAAGACUGGGAGGAGACAGACUGGCAUUUCAGAAUGUGCAGUCUUGGCAGGUGCAUCAGUUUCUAAAGAGUAUGGUAAUCAAUAAUAGUGCUGGAGACACAGUGCGCUUUGAUGAAAAUGGUGAACAAGUUACUGGAUUUGAUGUUACAAACUGGGUGAUGUUCCCCAAUGGCUCUGUGGUUCGAGUCAAAGUUGGAGGACUGGAACCUCAGGCUCCUCUGGGCAAAGAAUUAACCAUUCAUGAUGACCUGAUUGUUUGGCAUCCAAGAUUUAAUCAGGUGCUGCCUGUUUCUCUGUGCAAUGACUACUGCUAUCCUGGCUACAGCAAGAAAAAGAAGGAGGGAGAGAAAUUCUGCUGCUAUAAUUGUGUUCAGUGUCCAGAAGGGAUGAUCUCCAACCAGGAGGAUAUGGAAGCUUGUAUCAAUUGUCCAGAAGACCAGUAUCCCAGCAAGGACCACAGUCAAUGUAUUCCCAAAGUUCUAAGCUACCUCUCUUACAAAGAAAAUUUAGGGAUUAUCUUGGCUAUCUUGGCCAUUUCUUUCUCUUUCAUCACAAUUUUAGUGCUGGGAAGUUUUGUGAAACUCAGGAACACGCCCAUCGUCAAGGCCAACAACCGGACCCUCACUUACACUCUCCUCAUCUCCCUUCUUCUUUGCUUCCUCUGUGCUUUGCUCUUCAUUGGGCAGCCAGGAAAAGGGAUCUGCCUUCUACGCCAAAUGGUCUUUGGCAUUGUCUUCUCUGUGGCUCUUUCCUGCGUAUUGGCAAAAACCAUCACCGUGGUUCUGGCAUUCAUGGCAACCAAGCCAGGAUCUGGGAUGAGGAAAUGGGUGGGGAAAAGACUGACCAUUUCAAUUGUCCUCUCCUCCACCUUCAUUCAAGCUGCCAUUUGUGCUCUGUGGUUAAGUACUUCCCCUCCAUUCCCAGAUAGGGACAUGCAAUCCUUGAAUGGGAAGAUCAUAUUGGAAUGCAAUGAGGGUUCAUCUACCAUGUUUUACUGUGUCUUGGGCUAUAUGGGUUCCCUGGCCAUAAUCAGCUUCAUUGUGGCUUUUCUGGCCAGGAAAUUACCUGAUAGUUUCAAUGAAGCCAAAUUUAUCACUUUCAGCAUGUUGGUGUUUUGUAGUGUUUGGUUGUCCUUUGUUCCAACCUACCUGAGCACCAAAGGGAAAUACUUGGUGGCCGUGGAGAUUUUCUCCAUCUUAUGCUCUAGCGCUGGCUUACUGGGCUGCAUCUUUUUCCCCAAAUGUUACAUACUUUUGUUGAGGCCUGAUCUGAACAACAGAGAGCAAAUAAUGGCCAGAAAAAGUGAGAAAAUGUAAGUUCAUCUCCAUGUUAUGCUCACUUAGAAAAUUCACUGGAAGUCCAUAUCAUGAUAUUUUAAAAUAUUAGUGCUUUUAUAAAAAGAAGUCCUUUCUCAAAUGUAUCCUUCUGAGUAUAGUUGUACUAGACACACAUUAGGUCAAUGCCCUAUUUUGAAUUGACUUACAUAUGCCAACAUGCAG